AAGCCAAUGGUACAUUAUGAAAUUAGAAGACGCAAAAACCUUUCCGAAAAAAAGAAAAGGGAAAAGAUAUUGAGAAGAUACGAGUGUACGACGCCGUUGGAUUCGAUGAGAUGAAGACAAACGCAUGAGAUGCAAAGUGAGAGAAAGCAAAGAGGGUUCCAUUACAAGCAUAAUCCAUUGGGGGGUGUUAUAUAACAUUUACACUUUCCCCCUUUGAUGGCCGUACGGCCUUAUCACUUGUUCCUUCUUCAACAAUUCCACCACCACCGCCUCCUUCUCUCUCCUUCUCCGGCGACCUCCUUCCUCUUCCCUUCUCUCCUCCGUUUCUUCUCCUCCAAGACUUCGCAGAAACACAAAUCACCUUCUCUUCCGCCGCCGUCUUCUUAUUCUUCUUCGCUUCGCCGUCCGUCGGCGACUCUAUCCGAAGCCCUGGCUCAGAAAAUUGGAAAAUCUAUUCGCCGUCCCGGUGCGCCUUCUAAGGCCCGGGUUUAUACGGAUAUCAAUGUGAUCCGACCUAAAGAGUAUUGGGAUUAUGAAUCCCUUACUGUUCAAUGGGGGGAGCAGGAUGAUUAUGAGGUGGUAAGGAAAGUUGGGAGAGGAAAGUAUAGCGAGGUGUUUGAGGGAAUUCACACUACUAAUAAUGAAAAAUGCAUCAUCAAAAUCCUUAAGCCAGUCAAGAAGAAAAAGAUCAAGCGUGAGAUUAAGAUACUGCAGAAUCUUUGUGGUGGACCCAAUAUUGUGAAGUUACUUGAUAUUGUCAGAGAUCAGCAAUCGAAGACCCCAAGUCUUAUAUUUGAAUAUGUGAAUAACACAGAUUUUAAAGUUCUUUAUCCAACUCUUUCUGACUUUGACGUUAGAUAUUACAUCUAUGAGCUGUUGAAGGCAUUAGAUUAUUGUCAUUCUCAAGGUAUUAUGCACCGUGAUGUGAAGCCCCACAAUGUAAUGAUUGAUCAUGAGCAGCGGAAACUUCGGCUAAUAGAUUGGGGACUUGCAGAAUUUUAUCAUCCUGGGAAGGAAUAUAAUGUCCGUGUGGCUUCUAGAUAUUUUAAAGGUCCUGAACUACUUGUUGAUUUGCAAGACUAUGAUUACUCGUUGGACUUGUGGAGUCUUGGUUGUAUGUUUGCAGGAAUGAUAUUCCGGAAGGAGCCUUUCUUCUAUGGACAUGACAAUUAUGAUCAACUUGUGAAGAUCGGGAAGGUUCUGGGGACCGAUGAAUUGAACUCAUAUCUAAAUAAGUAUAGAUUGGAAUUGGAUCCUCAUCUUGCAGCCCUUGUUGGACGACACAGCAGAAAACCAUGGGCGAAGUUUAUUAAUGCUGAAAACCAACAUCUUGCGGUUCCCGAGGCGGUUGAUUUUGUUGACAAACUGCUCCGCUACGAUCAUCAGGAAAGACCGACGGCAAAAGAAGCAAUGGCUCAUCCUUAUUUUUAUCCUGUACGAAAUUCUGAAAGCAGUAGAUCCCGCACUCACUAAAAGAUCUUAGCAUGCACUGGACCAAGUUUCCCAGUCUUCUUUUGCAAUCUUCAGGUGAUAACUCUGUGCGGGUUCAUAGAUGUUCUCUGGUGUCACACAAUUAUUGUGAACCACUCCUGGUUGAUUUGCUGGUUAUUUCAGAUACUUAUCUGUACCAGUUUCAGGUUAACUGUAUUAUUUCUUUUAGCUGUGUGAGACCCAAAAGAAUAAGCAAAAUUCAAUUUGUUUUCUCUUUUCCUCCUUUAGUUGUUUUCUAGUUUGUUUUCUUUUCUUCAUUUUUUGUGAUUUCGGAAGGUAUAACUGUAUGAAUUUGUUCAGUGUAUUUUGUGUUGAAACUUUUGAACAGAUGAAUGGCUUCCCUAGUA